AUGGCUAAUCUCGAUCUCCCGGCCUUUGGCAUCCGUGAUCUGAACGGCCCUACGUGUCCCCCGGGUAUCGUUCAGAUCACCGCCUCGCAGUAUGACAGCACCAUCCAUAGCCAGCCUGACGCUGUGCUCUCCUAUAUCGACCAUGACGAUGGUGAGCUCAUCACUGUUGGAAGUUCCCUCGAGUUGCAACAACGCCUGGAAGAGCCUGUGCCUCCUUCGGUUGCUCUGGUCCCCCCCGCCCCCCAAAGCGUGGCCUCGCUGAGAGGUGCAAGAGAGACGAAGGAAAACAGCCUGGUGCAUAUCUUUGACAUUCGACACACUGGCGGGAGUCUGGCUGUCUGGAGACAUCAUGAGGCAUACACCACGAAGAAACUGCGGGACCAGGAGUCUUCGUCGUCGUCGUCACGUUCGGGUACAAGAGUCUCGAGUCCACACCGGCCAUCCUCAUCUGGACCUCAGCCCAGGCUCACUUUUGAUACUCUCGAAAAACCUUUCAGCCAGAACAUACUGGGCACGACUUUCACUCUACCGCCCCAAUCUGCCCCAGUUUCGGACCCUACCAUGGCCGAUGAUGGGAGGACUAAGCACACCUCCACCGCACAGCCAGUCAUCCCCGGUGAAGGAGAGUCAUUGAUGCAGACGGAAAAGGCCCCUGAGAGUGCCUCGCCCUGCCCUGAUAGUCAGCUGGGUCCAUUGGCCGACUUCCUUGAGUCCACAGCAGAGGGGCUGCGAAAGCUUGCGGAGAAGACGAGAGAUGCAGACACGUCAGCUGUCGAGAAUGUCUUGUUUGGGUUCAAGAAUAUCCUGAAAGAAGCCGGCGAACUGGGCCUGGGCCUGUUGGCAACAAUCAUGGACCAAGAACUGGAAACUAUUGGAAGCAACAAAGUCGAAACCACUGACCGACCCGGCUCUCGCUUAGAAGCGCAGCAAACCCCCAGGGCAAUCAAUAACUCCGUGACAGAAGACAAGGUCGAGGUGGUCUUGCAGCCUCAUGUGAAGAGGUUCAGCUUCGGCGAGAACAGAAGUAACGGGGUCGGCACGACUAAUCGAUCAUGCACUCGUGUGAGAGGACUGCCGUUCCUUUACUCCUUUGGCGCGACCAAGAAGCCCGGAGAAGAAAACAAGCUGAAAUUGGAUGUUCGCCCUGCUGGGAGGUUCGGUCCCGUCAAGAACAGAAGUAACGGAAUUAACACAACUGGUAGACCUUUUCACGAAGGAAUACCCAUCUGCGACGACGCCUGUGUACCUGAACCAUCCAGGGGCGAAGAUAAAGUGCAGCCGGACAUCCAGCCUUCUGAAAAGAGAGUCAGCUUCGUCGAGACAACGCAUCCCGCGCCACCUCAGACGACGUUAAGGUCCAAAGUUUACGAGGUCAAGAAGGAAAGCUCCACUUCUGAGGUCCAGACAUCAAGUCUGCCUUCAUCUGUGCCUCCGACCAACAAUCAACAGCCAUCUGAGAGCCCCUAUUCCAUGCCAAACCUCCUGUCUCCGUCCUUGCCACCUCAUAACAAGACUGGCGGGCGCACCGAGUCUGUUGGCAACUCCAUUAUUGACUCGCAGCCUUCUGAUGCCGAUGUUCUGGCCCGAUUUCCUGCAUUGAAAUCUCUUGGCAAAGUCACCAGUGCCAGCCGAUUUGAAGACUUCCUAGCAAUGGCUGGUACCUUUCGAGACAGCAUGAGAACAAAGUCAGCCUUGUCUCGAUAUCCUAGCAUUAGCCAACUUGAAGAGUGUUCAAAGGCAAACCCCUCAAUCGAUCUCGACUCGAAGACGCACAGUGACGGUCGUUGGGAACGACUGUAUCGGCCACCAGUCCGGCCGGUCCCCCAGAAGAUCAAUGCCUACAAGAAGCCCACGGUCGACGACGAAGAAGAGCCCGUCCGUUCCCAACGAGAAGAAUCGGCAGGGAAAAUAAAAGCGCCAGGCUUGUCGGACACCUUCUCGUGGUCCUCAUACUCACUCCCAGGUGCCUGGCCUCAGCCAAAGUCUGAGCAACAGUCUGAGCCGAAGCGUGAAGCCCCGUUCCGUAAAGAGUCUCCUGCCACCGCUGGCCCCAGCAACAUAUACCAAGGUCUACCUCAGUGGCAAUCCGAGGGAAAUCGAAGUUCAAUUUUUGGUGCUCCACCACGAUUUAUCAGGCCUGACGACAUGAUAUAUCCUCGCGGACCAGUCUUUCUAAGAAAGGCCCAGACAGUUAGUGGUACCAACCCGGCAGCGAGACUGAACGGACCAUUUGAUCCUCUUGCACACAUUCCUGCCCUGCAACCCCGACCCCAACGGUCGCAGCCAGAAUUGUCUUCAUUCGAUGUCGUCACUCCAGAUAUCCGAGUCAAACGAGGGUUUUCUUACCGCUUGCCACAACGCAGCCAGACCCUUCAUCACACCGAUCGUUACAAACCUCGUGAUGCGGCCCCGUACGAGAACCCAACGUCGAGGUCCUGGGAGGACUACUUGGAGAACAGUCGCAACACAACCCCGAACUCCAGAGUGGCCCCACAGACUCGAUUUUCUGCUGAACCAGGCUAUAGACCUGAUCCUCCCGCUCCGUCCAGCCUGCGAGCACCUCGUGCCACCCGACUCCCAAGUUUUACGGGGUACGAGCGCCCGAUGCAAUUGUUGCAGCAAAUUGCGGACCAAAAUGAGCAUUCUCCCAGCGUUGGAUCUCUGCCCUCUCAUCCACAGCCCCUCGAGACUCAUCGACCAGAAACCAUUCGAGCAGGACCGCCGCAAGUCAAGUCCGCCUCGAAACCAUCACCACCGCUCAUACCUGCUCCCCCUCCAGCCGCCGUACUCUUGCCCCCAGCACCAGCUGCUACUAACAUCUCUCGCUCAUCAUCGAUUCUUUCUCCGAUCCCGCCAGCGCCACCCCAUCCUCCGGGUCGAGUUGAGAUUUCCCCACCAUCUGUUUCGAGCAAGAAGGUUGACGAGUGCGUCAGGGCACUAAAAGCUAUGGGCUUCGGCAGAGAUGAUCCGAUUGAAUUUUCUCGCCUGGGCAUCUAUGCGGCAGCGGCGGAAGGAUAUGUCGGAGUCGCAAUCCAGUUGCUCGAGGACGAUCGUGCAGCUGCCAAAGAGCUUGGGAAGAAGGAACACGUUGACAUCAGCAGGGACUUGGAGAAGGAGGCAGAUGUCGAGAAGAAUCCCUGGGAAGAGUAA